AUGAAGAAUGGUGUGCCUAUUGAAGUCCUUCAGCAUAUCAAGGAUGCUGGGAUUUUCCAAAUCUUCAAGGCGGCGAUUUGCCAACUUGAUCAUUCUUUGAUCAACGCGUUGGUGGAGAGAUGGCGUCUAGAAGCCAACACGUUUCACUUGCCUAUUGGUGAAGCAACUGUGACCUUGCAAGAUGUGCAGGUGAUAUGGUGUUUACCCAUAGAUGGACCACCGAUGACUGAUGAGUGGGUUUCUGAAACCAAAAAUGUUGAUUACUGGAACGAUCUAUGUUUGGAGUAUCUGGGUUUUUUCCCUAUAGAUGAAACAGAUCACAAUAACUUGAAAAACGGGUGUAUCAAAUUUCAAACCUUAGCUUCGUACAUUCAUUUUACCAAUUUCGACAGUUCAGAUGCUGAGAUGUGCAUAUUCAUGGCUAGAAGGAUUAUUCUAGCUAUUAUUGGUUCGGAGCUUUUUCUUGAUCCUAAGACCUAUGAUGUUAUUCUUUUUUUUUUUAGGAACCUAAGAGACUUGAGCAGAGAAGGUCGAAAGAGCUGGGGUUCAGCAACUCUUGCGUAUUUGUAUAGAAACCUAUCUAAGGGGACUACGCCUACAAGAAAAGGCAUUGAUGGGCCUUUUUUGUUGCUGCAGUUUUGGGCGUGGGAAAGAAUGCCACGGAUUGCCUCACGCGUCAUGACACGCAAAGAAGAAAGAGAGAGACCGUAUGCUUAUCAGUCUUGUUUGGCAAACAGGUGGAAUAGAGACCACUUAAAUCUUAAGACACCGACACACGUUCUUACUUCUUACCGGUCUUUUUUCAAUGCACUCACGAAUGAGCAGGUAUAA